GAUCAAAGUUCACACCAAAGAACAACCAUAGUUAGAGACAAGUCUUUGUGUAAAAAGCGCUUUCACGACUGGAAAAGCCAUGACAGAUCCCAGCGAGGUGAUCAUCAAUUUAGCUCUCUUUGGCAUGACUCAGAGUGGAAAAAGCUCUGCCGGGAAUAUUCUUCUGGGAAGCACUGACUUCCGUAGCAGCUUUGCUCCGUGUUCUGUGACCACAGAUUGUAGACUGGGCCACAGUUGUCACCUCCGCAAUUUCAUGCGUCGGGCAGGGCGAGCAAUCACUCUGCAAGUCCAGGUGUUGGACACUCCAGGUUAUCCGCACAGCAGGCUGAGCACGGAGCAGGUGAAACAUGAGAUCAAGCAAGCCCUGGCACAUCACUUCAGGCAACAGGGUCUCCACUUUGCCCUGCUGGUCCAGAGAGCAGACAUGCCUUUCUGUGGACACGAGGCGUCUCACCCAGUCCAGAUGAUCCAGGAACUUCUGGGACACAACUGGAAUAAGUACACUGCCAUUCUUUUCACCCAUGCAGAAAAGAUAGAAGAGGCUGGGUUCCAUGAAGAUGAAUAUUUACACGAGGUCUCUGAUUCACUGAGAACCAUACUUAAUUCUAUUCAGAACCGAUAUGUUUUCCAGUACAAGAGCGGAAAUUCAUUUAAUGAACAAAGAAUGAAAAUCUUAGAAAGAAUCAUGGGAUUUAUAAAAGAAAAUUGUUUCCAAGUUCUUACCUUUAAAUAAAGAUUUAAAUGAAAGUAAA